AUGGCUACGCACUACUUUGGCCUUUGGUUUCUCAGCAAGAGCCAGCAAGCACGAUGGGUGGAGCUGGAGAAACCUCUGAAGAAACAUCUGGACAAAUUUGCUAAUGAGCCUCUGCUUUUCUUCGGAGUCAUGUUCUAUGUGCCAAAUGUGUCAUGGCUUCAGCAAGAGGCCACAAGAUAUCAGUAUUACCUGCAAGUCAAAAAAGACGUGCUUGAAGGGCGGUUGCGGUGUACGUUGGAACAGGUGAUCCGGCUGGCUGGCUUGGCUGUGCAAGCUGAUUUUGGAGACUUCCAUCAGUUUGAUUCUCAAGAUUUCCUCAGAGAAUAUGUGCUGUUUCCUAUGGAUUUGGCCCUGGAAGAGGCCAUUCUGGAGGAGCUGACACAGAAGGUGGCCCAGGAACAUAAAGCCCACAGUGGAAUCCUGCCAGCAGAAGCUGAGCUCAUGUACAUCAACGAAGUGGAACGUUUGGAUGGAUUUGGACAGGAGAUCUUCUCUGUGAAGGACAAUCAUGGAAACAGUGUGCACCUGGGCAUUUUCUUUAUGGGGAUAUUCGUGAGAAACAGAAUUGGAAGACAAGCAGUAAUACACAGGUGGAAUGAUAUCGGGAAUAUCGCUCACAACAAGUCUACUAUUCUGGUGGAGCUCAUCAACAAAGAAGAGACUGCCCUCUUUCACACGGACGAUAUUGAAAAUGCCAAGUACAUUUCUCGGUUGUUUGCUACACGGCACAAGUUUUACAAACAAAACAAAAUCUGCACUGAACAAUCAAAUUCUCCACCCCCCAUCAGACGCCAGCCCACCUGGAGCCGAUCCUCUCUGGCUUAA